AUGCGUACGCGUUCUAGCUUAGGGAUGCUGUCAUCAUCUCAAACGUCACUUUCGUCCACUACGGGAUCUUCCAAUGGGUCCUCUACUCGUCAUAGUGUGAGCGACCUUCGAAGACCACCGUCAGCUCGUUCAUAUCGGCCUGCUUCUCCUUCUUCCAGACAACAAUCCUCCUCGCGUCCUGGAUCAGCCAUGUCAACUUCCAGACCCUCUACUCCACUUCAUAGACCUCAAGAACCAUACACUGGUACCAUUAGUGUUUCCAUUAGACCGAAUCCUCAUAGUAUACACCCUUUACAACCUUCACCAUGGAUAGUUAAUCUGUAUGAGAAUCUGAUAGCUAAUAGCACUGAUGGGUCGUCAUUUACAUUUGAUAAUGUUUUCAUUUCAGAUAUUGGACUUACCAAUCGUCAUGUAUAUGAAAAAUCGUGUUCUGAGAUUGUUCAACGAUUUCUUACUGAUGGUUAUAAUGGUACAGUAUUUGCUUAUGGUAUGACUGGAUCAGGGAAAACAUAUUCUAUGAAGGGGAACGAAUUGGACCCUGGAUUUGUGGAAUUGGCAGUGAAUGAUUUAUUCAACAAAAUAGAGAAUGAAACCAAUAGUAAAACUCAUACAGUUGCCAUAUCUUAUUUGGAAAUAUAUAACGAAAAGAUUAUAGAUUUGUUAAACCCUACAAAUGUGGCUGAAUUAAAGAUUCGGGAUGAUCCUGUCUAUGGAACUAAAAUAAUAGGAAUUACCAGUCCUACAAUUGACUCAAGAGAUCAAUUAUUGAAGCUUUUAAGAAGAGGUGAUAAUAAUCGGAAAACAAGUGCUACUGAUUAUAAUUCCAGGUCAUCAAGAUCUCAUGCUAUUCUUCAAAUACGAUUAACCACUAUAGAUUUGUCCAAUAAUACUGAAUUAAACAGAACUCUCUCACUUUGUGAUUUGGCCGGUUCAGAAAAGGCUGCUUCAAGUCUUGAACGAAGAAAGGAAGGUUCUUAUAUCAAUAAAUCUUUAUUGGCAUUAUCAACAGUGAUCAAUAAAUUAUCGGUGGCAUCUCAUUCGUUAUUAAACGAUCAUAUUCCUUAUCGUGAUUCCAAAUUAACCAGAUUACUUCAACCUGCCUUAUCAGGUUCUUCAUUAGUGCUGAUAUUGUGUACUAUCCAUGUUGGUCCCGGUAUGAGUAAUUUAUCUGAAUCUCAAUAUGUUUCUGAAACUUAUAAUACUCUUCGAUUUGCUGCACGAGCUAAAGAUAUUGUUAUGAAUGUUGAAAGUAAUAAAUCUACCAGGUUGGGACCUGGUGGAGAUUCAGAUCGAUUCAUUGCAGAUUUACAAAGAACAAUUGAAAGUCAAAGACUAGAAAUCAAUAUGUUAAAGGUAAACCUGAGUAUUUCAAGUAAUAUAAGCACUGAAACACUUGUGGGGAAUAAUAAUAAUACAGUUAAUUUGGAGAGUUAUGCCGAAAUUGAAGCAGAGAAUAAAGUACUUAAUGAAAAGUUGGAACAUUUAACAAGACUUACAAACUUACAAAAGACUGAAACCAUAAUAUUGAAGAAUGAUACUUUAAAUGAUUUAAUGGGAGAUGGAUCUUCACAAAUGAUGAUGGCUAAUUUAGAAGAAUUCUAUAAACGAGUGACUUAUGAAGUUGAAGAGUAUACUUCAUAUAUAAAUCUUCUUGAAUCUCAACUUAAACAAAGUUAUAAAGAAGGUGCUAUUACUGCUGGUUCCAGUAAUCCACCACCACCAUCACCAUCAUCAACAGUACUGGAAAGACAAUUGGAAAAUUCAAUCAAGGAAAAGGAAGAUGAAAUAUAUAACUUGAAGGAGAUGAUUAAAGUUAAAGAUCAUAUUAUCAAGAGUUUAACAAAGACUUCCAAAUUAAGAAGAUUGGCUGAUGCAACUAGCAAUAAUAAUGACACUACCUCAAUUAAAACCGAUAAGGAGAAUAAUAAUGAAUUUUCAUAUAGGAAAAAAUCACCUUUGGAAUCAGAUGUCAGAAAUUUAAUGGCAUAA